UACUAAGUCUUUCAAAUUCAGGUGUAUUUUGUACUUACAACACAUGCACAAUUCAACUAGCCAUAUUUCAAGUUCUCAAAAGUUAGACAUGGACAGCGCGACUUUCAAGACCCCAGACCCAUUGUUUGUAAGCACACUUGCCGGCGGGAUUGCACGGGUUAACCUCAGUCCCACCGCCGGAGAGGACCAGUAGGAGUAGCAAAACUCAGCUCUGCGGAGCAUGCCGGGAGUUGUAGUCUGCGCCCAUCCCCCACAGGUCUGAUGGGUGUUGUGGGCCUCGGCCCCGUGGAGCAUGCCGGGAGUUGUAGUCUGCGUCCAUCCGCCUGCAGGUCUAAUGGGCGUUGAGGGCCUCGGCAUGUCGGGAGUUGUAGUCCGCGCCCGCCUGUGGCGGGGUCUGCGUAUCAUGGCCGUCCACUCCGUGCUCCCGCACUGUGCCGCUUGGCCCCAGAAAGUUUCAGUUCUGCCCAGCGGUGGACCCACGAGCGCGUGCCACCAUGGAGUCUGACUUCUGACCGGCCCCAGGUAGGAGGCGCACAGCCAAGACCGCAGCCCGCAGCCUGCAGCCCGUCGCCAUGGCUGCCACCAGCGGGGAGGGCCAGCUCCAGAGGAUCAUCCGCGAUUUGCAAGAUGCGGUGACAGAACUAAGCAAAGAAUUUAAGGAAGCAGGAGAACCCAUCACAGAUGACAGCACCAGCUUGCAUAAGUUUUCUUACAAACUCGAGUAUCUCCUUCAAUUCGAUCAGAAGGAAAAGGCCACCCUCUUGGGCAACAAGAAGGACUACUGGGAUUACUUCUGUGCCUGCCUGGCCAAGGUCAAAGGAGCCAAUGAUGGGAUCCGAUUCGUCAAGUCUAUUUCGGAGCUCCGAACAUCUCUGGGGAAAGGAAGAGCAUUUAUUCGCUACUCCUUGGUGCACCAGAGGUUGGCCGACACCUUACAGCAGUGCUUCAUGAAUACUAAAGUGACCAGUGACUGGUACUAUGCAAGAAGCCCCUUUCUGAAGCCCAGACUGAGCUCUGACAUUGUGGGCCAACUCUACGAGCUGACCGACGUUCAGUUUGACCUGGCGUCGAGAGGCUAUGACCUGGAUGCUGCCUGGCCGACGUUUGCCAGGAGGACACUGGCCACCGGUUCUCCAGCUUACCUGUGGAAACCCCCCAGCCGGAGCUCCAGCAUGAGCAGUUUGGUGAGCAGCUACCUGCAGACUCAGGACAUGGGCUCCAGCUUUGACCUGAACAGCCCCUUAAACAACGAGGCACUGGAGGGCUUCGAUGAGAUGCGGGUGGAGCUGGACCAGCUGGAGGUGCGGGAGAAGCAGCUGCAGGAGCGAAUGCAGCAGCUGGACAGAGAGAACCAGGAGCUGAGGGCAGCCGUCAGCCUGCAGGGAGAGCAGCUGCAGGUGGAGAGGGAGAGGGGCCGCGCUGCAGCCGAGGACAACGCUCGCCUCACGCGCAUGAUGGCCGAGCUCCAGAAGCAGUGGGAGGUCACCCAGGCCACACAGAACACCGUGAAGGAGCUGCAGAAGUGCCUGCAGGCCCUGGAGCUGGGCGCUGCGGAGAAGGAGGACGAUUACCGCUCAGCCCUGCGGCAGCUGGAGGCCAUGCUGCAGCCCCUGGCGCAGGAGCUCGAGGCCACACGGGACUCGCUGGGCAGGCAGAACCAGCUCUUAGCUAAUGUCCCAGGUCCAUUGGGCACAGCUGAGCAGAAGGCAGAUGCAGCACUGAACACGAAGGGGCAGCAAGAGCUCAUCCCCAGUGACUCGUCCCUGGACGUCCGGGAGCUCAAUAGGCAGCAGAGUGCCCAGCUGGAGCAGCUGGCCAAGGAGCUGCAGCUGAAGGAGGAGGCCCGGGCCGGCCUGGAGCGCCUGCUGGGGGAGAUAGUCCCGCUCCAGGAACAGCUGCUGGGCAAGGGGCAGGAAGCAGCCCAGCUCCGGCGGCGGCUGCAGGAGUCGCUGGCCCACCUGAGCUCCCUAGAGGAAGAGCUGGCAGAGUCCAGGCAGGGGGAGCGGCGGCAGCGCGAGGAGAAGUUGCUGCUAGAGCAGGAGGCCAGGUCCCUGACGCGGCAGCUGCAGCUCCUGGAGACCCAGCUGGUGCAGGUGAGCCAGCACGUGAGUGACCUGGAGCAGGAGAAGAAGCAGCUCAUCCAGGACAAAGACCACCUCAGUCAGAAGCUGGGGAGGCUGGAGCGGCUGGCGGGGCAGCUAGGCCCAGACUCGCCGGUGGCGGGUGAGAAGAGCGGGGCUCCUGCCCCCGCGGACUCUGCCCUGCCACAGGCCUGCGAGAAGCCAGAGGAGCAGAGAGGCCUGCAGGAGGGACCCGGGGGUGACACCCGGAUGCGAAGGAGCGCCCAGGAGGAGGAGCUGCAGCAGGCCAACAGGGAGCUGGAGGCAGAGCUGCAGAGCAUGGCCGCGCGCAAUCAGCUGCUGGAGAACAAGCUGCAGGCCCUGCAGGCUGAUUACCAGGCGCUGCAGCAGCGGGAGGCAGCCAUCCAGGGCUCCUUGGCUUCCCUGGAGUCCGAGCAGGCCAGCAUCCGGCACAUGGGUGACCAGAUGGAGGCAAGCCUCCUGGCCGUGAAGAAGGCCAAGGAGACCAUGAGGGCUCACGUGGCGGAGAAGGAGGCUGCCCUGCAGAGCAAGGAGGCCGAGUGCCAGCAGCUGCGGGAGCAGACGGAGCAGUGCCGGCAGCUGGCAGAGGCCCGGGAAGGGGAGCUCAGGGCUCUGGAGAGCCAGUGCCGCCAGCAGAUGCAGCUGAUUGAGACCCUCACAGCAGAAAAAGGCCAGCAGGGGCUCUGCCCACCUCACGAGAAUGCAUCCCAUGAGCUAGCUGCCCAGCUGGCCCUGUCUCAGGCACAGCUGGAGGUCCAUCGCGGGGAGGCUCAGCGACUGCAGGACGAGGUGGUGGACCUCCGGGCCAAGCUCCAGGCAGCCCUGGGUGACCAGGAGAAGGUGCAGAGCCAGCUGAACGUGGCCGAGGCAGCUCUUCAGGAGCACAAGGCCCUUGUGCAGCAACUGAAGGAACAGAGCGAAGCCCUCAACAGGGCCCACGUCCAGGAGCUGCUGCAGUGCUCGGAGCGGGAAGGGGCGCUGCAGGAGGAGAAGGCCGAUGAGGCCCAUCUGAGGAUGGAGGAGCUCCAGGCCCUGCGGGAGGAGCUGUCCCAGGCAAAAUGCAGCUCCCAGGAAGCCCGGCUGGAACAUGCCGAGCUGCAGGAGCAGCUGCACCACGCCAACACGGACACGGCCGAGCUCGGCAUCCAGGUCUGCGCACUGACCGCGGAGAAGGAGCGGAUGGAGGCAGCGUUGGCCUGCACCGUCCGGGAGCUCCAGGAUGCGAAAGAGGCGGCCUCAAGGGAGCGAGAGAGCCUGGAAUACCAAGUGACAGGGCUGCAGCGAGAGAAGGAGAGCUUGCAGGAGAAGCUGAAGGUGGCCGAGGAGGCAGCCAGCUCACUGCCUGGCUUGCAGGCCCAGCUGGCCCAGGCUGAGCAGCGGGCCCAGAGCCUUCAGGAGACUGCACACCAGGAGCUCGACACCCUCAAGUUCCAGCUGAGCACCGAGAUCAUGGACUACCAGAGCAAACUUAAGACGGCCAGUGAAGAGUGCAGGAGCCUACGGGGCCAGCUGGAGGAACGAGGCCAGCGGCUGCAGGCCGCCCAGGAGGCUCUGGGGAAGCUGGAGGCCGCACAGGCAGACGUGGGAGAGAAGCUGAGCCGCACUAGCAGCCGUCUCGCGGAGUGCCAGGCUGCCGUGCUGAAGAAGGAUGAGGAGCAGGCCGCCCUGCGCGAACGCUUGGACAGGACCCAGAAAGAGCUUGAAAAAGCUACGACAAAAACCCAGGAGUAUUACAGUAAACUCUGCCAGGAGGCGACAGACCGGGAGAAGAAUGACCAAAAGAUGCUUGCCGACCUGGAUGAUCUGAAUAGAACCAAGAAAUACCUGGAGGAACGGCUGAUAGAGCUGCUCAGGGACAAGGACGCCCUCUGGCAGAAGUCAGAUGCCCUGGAAUUCCAGCAGAAGCUCAGUGAGGAGGAGAGGUGUCUCGGGGACACAGAGGCGAACCACUGCUUCGACUGCAAGCGGGAGUUCAGCUGGAUGGUGCGGCGGCACCACUGCAGGGUCUGUGGCCGCGUGUUCUGUUACUACUGUUGCAACAACUACGUCGUGACGAAGCCCAGCGGCAGGAAGGAGCGCUGCUGCCGAGCCUGCUUCCAGAAGCUCGGCGAGGGCCCCGGCUCCCCCGACAGCACCAGCUCGGGCACCAGCCAGGGAGAGCCCAGCCCCGCACUGUCCCCGGCCCACGCUGGGCCCCAGGCCGCCGGAGGCCAAGGUGCAAACACGGACUGCAGGCCUCCAGAUGACGUCGUGUUCGACAUCAUCACAGAUGAGGAGUUGUGCCAGAUACAGGAGGCCGGCUCCUCCCUGCCUGAAACACCCACCGAAACGGAUUCUUUUGACCCAAACGUGGCUGAACAGGACACCACGUCAAACUCACUAACCCCUGAGGACACCGAAGACAUGCCCCUGGGGCAGGACGCCGAGAUCUGCUUGCUGAAGUCGGGAGAGCUGAUGAUAAAAUUGCCCCUCACAGUAGAAGAGAUCGCCAACUUCGGGGAAGGCAACAGGGAGCUGUUUGUACGGUCCAGUACCUACAGCCUCAUCCCCAUCACUGUGGCCGAGGCGGGCCUCACCAUCAGCUGGGUCUUCUCUUCCGACCCCAAGAGCAUCUCCUUCAGCGUGGUCUUCCGCGAGGCAGAGGACACACCACUGGAUCAGUGCAAGGUCCUCAUUCCCACGACCCGAUGCAAUUCCCACAGGGAGAACAUCCAGGGCCAGCUCAAGGCCCGCACGCCAGGCAUCUACAUGCUCAUCUUUGACAACACCUUUUCCAGGUUCGUCUCCAAGAAAGUGUUUUAUCACUUGACGGUUGACCGGCCUGUGAUCUACGACGGGAGUGAUUUCCCGUAGCCCCGAGCACCCCAGUGUUAGAGGCUCCACUUUAUCCACAGGAAACACUACUCCCCCCACCCCCCACUCCCUACCCACAGCACAUCAGACACUAAAAAAACCAAAACAACAACGAAGGCAGCCACUGCGAAGCAGAUCGACGAAACGGCGACAGGCCCUCCGCUGCUCCGGGUGCCGCCACCCGGCACCGCGGGCUCCAGCAGUGUCACCCGGCACCGCGGGCUCCAGCAGUGUCACCCGGCACCGCGGGCUCCAGCAGUGUUCCCGCGGGCCAGGGGCCCGGCUGCCCUCACACCACAGGGGUGCCCCGCCAAAGGCUUAAACGCUCACGAGGCCACCCCACCGGCCUCUCCUGCAGGCACAGUUGGUUCCACACCUCCUGUGGAGCGUUUCCCAGGCCAGCGGUGGCAGCACCUUCCGCCCAGCCCGGGCCUGGGCAUCCUGAGUGACCGUGAGCAAGAUGCCCCGGCCAGACCUUGGCGAGGCCCUGGGGUCCUCCCAGGGAAAGGAGGCCUCAGGGCCAGUGUGAGAGUCAGGGCGCCCGGGCCCCGCCGGGGUCCCAGCCAGCCUCUUCCCGUCACGCCCCCCCCUUCCUGCCCCUGUCUCGGCCAUUUCAGAGGGGCCUCUGGGUGCACCUUCCCCGGCCCCUCUCUCUGGGCGAGGCCUCUCCGCUGCUCCGACGUCACCCUAAGAAUCAGCACGGAGCUUCAUCCACGAGCAGGAGCCCCCGUGCUGAGGGGCCGGGGGGCCGAAGCCAGAUGCUGGCUCACGGCGACACCGUGACCGAAACGCGGGCUUGCGCCCUGGCCUCGGGGCGCCGCCCCUCCGCUGGCGGCCUGUCUGCGUUCGCGUGAGAGCUGCCUCCUCACCCGCAGACACGUUUACUCGUGGUCAGAAUGAGGGUGAGAACCACUUUUAAAAACAGGUCUUUAACAGAAAUCUUUGGUACCUCAGAUGUGAACGGGUGCCAUUCGUGAACCUGCUGUCUGUUCACCUUGUGGUCCCCUCCCCGCCUGCCAGGCUCCCCGACACCCUGUCGCCCACUGCUCCACCCGCACCCGAUGCCGUCUCCCCUGGGGCAGACGAGGCCUGUUUCUGGACCAGGGGAUAAUCUCGUUCUCCGUGGCCCCUUCCCCCACCACAGAGCUCACCUUCAAUGGCCUCUUUGUCCCUUGUUCACAGAGGCCAGCCGCAUAUAGCCAGGGUCCUGGGCCCUCCCUCCACAGAUGAGCAUCUGACGAAGUGGCCCGCUGUGGCCAGGAGCGAGGGAGAGCACUGGGCAGGGGUCUGCGGGUCUGGGCGCUUGGCUAGGGUGGUCCUCCAGCCAGCCUGGUGACCUAGUCAGGUCCCACCACCUCAGGCUUCGUGUUGUCAUCGCAAGCCUGUUCUGACUGGUUUGGAGAGCUGGACAAUGGGUCAGGGACCCCAGGCUAAGUCCAGCACAGCCCCCCACCCACUGUGCUCCAGCAGAAGACUCUUGAGGGGCAGGCAGAGAUGACAUCUGCAGUGGACUCAGAGCUCUCGUGUAAACCAGAGGCUUGAGUCCUUCCAGGCACAGGGAUUGAUGGACAGAACCUUCCAGAGCGAAGCUGGGUCUCGUGCUCUCUUUCCUCAGGACGGCGGCCUCUGACAGACCCCGUCAGGGUCUCCAGCAUCUCCCACAGGCCAAGGCCCUGGUGGUGCUCAGUACCAGAACCGAAAACAGCCAGGCCCCCAGAGACUCCCUAGCCACCACUUGUCCCCACAGGCAUGCCACACAGCCUGAGGAUUGUUCCAGAGCAAAUUAUCCUGUCUUUGAAUCCACCCACCCUAGGAAAAUAAUCACAAGUAGCUGCUUCACCACAUGAAAGAAACUUAAGAGAACCCGGAGUGUCCGGGAACCUUGUUUUGAGCGCUUAGCUUUCCCAGGAUGCUGUGGAGGCUGGCCCAAGCUGAUGGCCUGCUGGUGGCAUCCCCGCCAUCUGCAGCUAGAGCCACCAGCUAGUGAGUAGCUGAUAAGUUUCCUGCAAAAGGCCUGGGACAUUCCAUCCAAGACCCGUUCUGAACCUCUGUCACUUGGCCCAGCAGGGGACCUACGGCAGCUUUAAAAGCCACUUGGCUCUUCAGCCUAGAGCCACUUCUCCAGGAGAGCAGGGGACCCUGGUGUGCGCUCCUUGCUUGCUGGCUGCAGUCGUGCAAACAGGCCUCUGCUGCACUCCGAGGACUGCCCCACGCCCGCGGUCCGGUCCUGCCUCUGGCGUAUUUAUUUUUUGUUCUGGAUGGACUCCUGUCCUUUGUUACUUUGCUGUGUGAGCUUGAGUUUGUGGUGCACUCUGCAGCUAGAGAACAUCUCGGCCUGCUUAAGUGUGGCUUGUAUAAAUAGCUUGGUUAUUUUAAAGAGGCUCCCAGCUUUGCUGAGAUUUGGAGGUUGGGUACUUUAAAAAAAUGCAAAUGACAAUGAGGAACAGCUAUUAACAGCAGGCGCCAGGCCAGCAGAUAGAAUCGCAGUAGAAAUCAACAAGAAGGAAACACCCUUGGGAUCCCAGAUCACUAUUUAAAAAGCAAAAAUCCAAAAAAAACCUAGCAGCGCCUCGAUGGCCCAGCUCUCUGAAUAACAGCCGCUCAGUACUGAUACCAGCUGCCUUGUUCACCUCAGCUUCGGAAGCCACUAAUCGGCCUCACUGAAAAGGCGGUCUCUGUCAGGCAUACUUGUCCCCAACAAGGAAGGGUGUUUUAAGGUAAAGUGUGGCCUCUGCAGAGCUGUGGCCGGAGCCCACCGGACUCCAAGAAAAGGCAAAGAACUUCUCGAGCAGGAAUCGAACCGAAAAACCCCACAGCGUUUAGAGAGCACAAUUGAAAAGCCCUGUAAUGUAACUCAAAGUUCAAGGGGAUGGUCCUUCUGAACUUUUUCAGUCGUCACCCACCUGAAGUGAUGAAGCUGUUCCAGAUCACAGGAAAGGAAAUCCCUGUUUGGGGAUGAAACCUUAGAGUCUGUGUUUUUUGACUCUUCUGCUUAGAUGUCCACCAAGAGAAUUUUAUAGGCGUUCCAUUUGUAAAAGUCCACGUAGGUCAUUGCACAUGAGGCCAUUUGUGGUCCUUGGAGCCAGGAGACUGUUGAGUCAGCCAUUCAUGCUGACAAAACACCCAAAAGAUACUUUUUAGUAGAGCAGAGCCUUGGGUGAGUUUUUCUCAUUUUAUCGUGAUUCUUCCAAGGAAGCAGGAAAGACAAUAAUUGCCUUUUUUCUCUUAAGUACUUUUUCAAAAUAAUGAAGUAGAUCUUUCCAUUUUGGGAGGCGUUUCUGAUAAAAAGGCUUCCAUAGAACUUUGCGCUGGUGUUAUCCAGAGACGCUGCUGCCUCUGGUGGCUGCGGAGCACACUCAGGCCUCAGCUGGGUGGCUUCUGAUCAGAACUGCACUUUAAUUGACUAAUCCUCAAUUCUCGCGGCCUUACGGGAUAGUGGAUCUGGGAACCCACUUCAUUCUUAUCUGCCAAAGAAUUACCCAGAAGCACAUCAGAUGCCAACGCCCCGCCUGCAGGGGGGCGGGGAGAAACUCUAUCCCAAAACGUAUUUCUUUGUGGCAUCUGCUGCACCAUUUGGAAAUGUUUUUAUUUUUAACCUCAGGAUUUAAAUAAACACUAUGACAUUGAGA